UGUACCAUAUAGCUCAAUAUGAAUAAAAAAAGCUAGAAAACUGUCAAUGUCUAUAUCUUUUGAUUGGAGAUAUGUAACAAAACAAAAUAAAAAAUUAUACAGAAACUUUGGCAUAAAAAAUUAAAUUACAGUAAUUUAUUUGUGAUAUGCUUCUUUGAAAAUGGCGCGAAUAUCAUUUGGCCUACAAAAUAUAUUUUCUAUGGCUGCUCGAGAGCGGUGCAUUGCUAAUUUCAAACGCCUAGCGACACCAAGGUACGGCAAAGUGCCAAGUGAUGCCGCAGCUGUGUUAGUACCAGUAUGUAAAGUGGGAGAGAAACCGUCGAUACUCUAUACAGUUCGGGCCACGAACCUUAGGACUAACAACGGAGAAGUAUCAUUUCCCGGUGGGCCAAUAAACCAAGAAGAAUCUGCUAUACAAACAGUUUUAAGGGAAACGUUUUCAGAGAUCGGUUUACGACCUGACAAAAUAGACAUCUGGGGACAGGGGCCGCCGCUUCCAGGCCGCAAUAACAAAAUAAUGAUCACUCCUGUAAUUGGCUCUAUAGAUAAUCUGGCGCCAGAAGAUUUAACCAUUAAAAAUGGCGAAGUUGCAGAGGUAUUCACUAUCCCUAUUGAGCUGUUGUGUGAACCUAAAAAUCAAUAUUACACACAGUUCAGUAAUGGAUUCGUUCUGCCGGUGUUUGUGAUCGAGGAGUAUAAGAUAUGGGGUAUAACUGCGUUCAUAACUCACGCAUUCUUGAGCUCGGUACUUACCAACGAUGUCUAUAAAAAUGAAUGGACGAAGAAGAAAGUCGUGAUAGAAAAAUAAUAGACGAUUUCUGUAGUACCUAGACUUAGGUCUAUUAUAUGUUUUUUUAUAGUAUUCUUUUUACAGAUUUUAUUCGGAAAUAAAGAAACUUUAUUUUAUUAUAAA